GGAGGGGGUUUCCAGACAGGUAACAAGAUGGUGCCUCUGAGCCUAAAAGAGAGCGGGGGGAGGGGUGCUAAACAUGGCGGUAUGUGUGUUUUAUAUAUGUAUGUAUGCUCAUCCUUAUUAAAUUUAUAUACCGCCCUUCAUCCAAGAAUCGCAGGGCGGUUUGCAACAUAAAUGUUCAAGAUGUAUGUGGCUCAUUUCCUACUUGCAGGCGGUGUUUGUUUUUGGAGUGGUGGUAUAGCUUACUCCAUUUUAAAGAGAGUUAGGACUCGAGGAGGGCCAACCCCCCUCAGGAUGAAAAACCUCAAGGCCACACUUUGGAGUGGGGGAGGUGACUGUUGUGGUGUAUCCAUUGUACUUCGGUAAACGUGAAGAGACCCUUUGAAGACUUUGGUGGAAAAGUGGGUUGUGCAUAUAGUACAUAGAUACGGUAUGGAUGCUGUGAGGUUCUGAUGUUGCAAGUACUGUACAUGAUUGCAGCCUAUUGGGUUCCCUGUUAGACUGCAGGUCUAGUAUAGACCUGUGUAUCUUUCCUAAAAAGUAAACACUGUUGUGUUCAGGUUAGCAUGCAUGGUAUUGCAGUCCCUGAAGCACAAGAAGUGCUGUUUUUCUUCUUGUAGUUUGCAGUCCCCUUGUUGCCAACCUCAUCAACUCUGAAGUAUGUGUAACUUUGACAGUUGAGUUGAAGGCAGAACAGGUAUUAAGUGAGCUGUGAGAAUCUAAUAUUUCAAAGUUCAGUAGACUAUUUGGGGUAGGCAGGGAGUUGAAGAAGAGCCAGCAGGUGCUGGAGUGGAAUUAUCUAGGGAUAUUAUUUAGGGGGGAACUUUGGAACGUUGUGAACCAUUCUUGUCUGUCUCUAGAUUCUGCUUGAUUGAAGUCUGGAAAGCUGAGUUAUAUUAGGAAAAGUCAAACUAAGGGUUUAUUUAACGCUAGGGGUAGGCAAUGUGGUGCUUUCCUCAUGUUGUUAGAACACAACAUGCCCAAUAGUCAGGGGAGAUGGGAAUUGUAGUAUAAGAACAUUUGGAGGCUACCCCUGAGAAUAUGGUGGCUUCUGUUCAUUUCAUUUCUUUAAAACCUCCUUUCAGGAUAACUCAGGCUGCAAGUUCCUCAAAGGCAACUUGCAAGAAACAUUCAAACACAUAUAAUAAUCAUCAUCAACAACAACAACAUCAGUAAAAGCCUUCACAAUUCUUCCCAUCCAGCCAUUGUUGGUAGUAUUGCCCUAUGGGAGAAUGAAGGAAGUGUAGCCAGAGUAUACUCUGGGGUGAUUUUUGCCUGCGAGAAUCCUUCCCACAGUGCAGUUGGUGGUAGGUAGCUCUGUGGUGGAGAGGGAAUAGUUCAGCUGGAGUAGGCUGUGAGUUGGUCUUCUGUAAUACAUGUGUGAGCUCCUUGACCAAAGUCUAGUAAACAAAUGAUGGAGUUGGAGUUGCAUGUUUUGUUUGUUUUGAUAUUAAAGAGGACUUGUCCUGUGGCCACCUCACCUAUAUCUGACAUGAUAGAACAGGGGUGGGGAUGUUGUGGCCUUCCAGUGUGGUGUAGUGGUUAAGAGCAGUAGACUGGUAAUCUGGUUUGUGUCUCCGCUCCUCCACAUGCAGCUGCUGGGUGACCUUGGGCUAGUCACACUUCUCUGAAGUCUCUCAGCCCCACUCACCUCACAGUGUGUUUGUUGUGGGGGAGGAAGGGAAAGGAGAAAGUUAGCCACUUUGAGACUCCUUCGGGUAGUGAUAAAGCGGGAUAUCAAAUCCAAACUACUACUACUACUACUACUACUACUCUUCUUCUUCUUCUUCCAGAUAUUGCUGGACUACAACUCACAUCACCUCUUACUUACUGGCCUUGUUGUCAAUGGUUACUGGGAGUUGGAGUCCAACCAGCUCUGGAGGCCCAAAGGCUCCCCACAACUGCCUUAGACUAGUGGGUGUCUGGAGCUACAGGUAUCAAGCUGGUCAUAGAUUUCAUGAUGGAAAAGUUGCACACUGUAAUAAAACCUGAGCAGUAAUUAAAGACUGGAAUUGGGGCGAGUAGGGAGCAAGCAGGUUCUGCAUAGUGAAUCCUUAAAUUUGAGGCUUGACGAUCUUCAUAGAUGCUUUAUCAUUUUCAUGCUUUAGGGCAGGGGUAGUCACUAUUGGUGCCUUCCAUUGGAUGUUGGACUGCCAGCUCACAUUAGCGGUGUGGGGUGGUGGGAGUUGCAGGCCAACAGCUUCUGGAGGGCACCACGUUGGCUGCUUCUGUUUUAGGGGAUACAGAGAUUUGAAAAGCCUGAGAUCCAAGUGAGUUCUUUAUCAGGGUGGUUAAGAUCCUGUGUUCUAGCCUCUCUCUGCUAGCCUUCUUUGGUGUGGUUAAAUUCCUCAUGAUGGAAACAUAAUAGCUUCUACUGUACCAUGAAGACUCGAACUGGGCAAUUCUGGAUACUCCAGAAAACAUCUGCAAGUGACUGGAAGAGCAGUUCCUCUGCAUCUUUUGUCUGUUAACAUAAGAAGCCCAUGCAUGCUGUCACUACUGAAUGCAGCUAUACACCACGAGAGAUCUUAACUAAGCUUGGGCACAUUCCAAAUUCCAAGGAAAACCCAAGCUUAGGCAAAUAUCUGCAUGUGUGCAAUAUGCAUGGUCUGUUGGGGGCACUUUUUAGGCUUCAUCAGAAUAUUUAAGCUAAAAAAAACCCAAGAACGGACACCACCACCCAACCCAGAAUCUAGGCUGUGUUUGGUAGCCUGUAGGAGUUAUGGAGAGUUUUCUAGGCCAUGCAUGACCAUUGGGAAUACUUCUGAAGUCCAUUUUUAGCUUCUGAGUCUUCAGUAGACUGUGUGUCCUUUAAAAGCUGUCACUGUUGUAAUAAAGCCUAGGCAUUUAUAGAGAGAAAUGAAGAAAUUAAUUGUACUGUUAUAUCUAGCAGAUACUGUCACUUGAUCUUUCUGCCUGAGUAAAUCACUGGAAGGUGGGAAAUUGUUGCUUCUGUAUCCCAGUAAAUGAUCAGCUGCUAUUCUAGAGCAAGGUUCUCUUUUUUUCUAUGGAAGAGUUAAAUCCCAAAAAACUCCAGGGCAAAGACGGGGAGAAUUCCAUAGCGGUGAGAAAACGAAUUGUUAGAACGAAACAACAAGGACUAGAAACUUUGAAUCAACUUAAAAUUUAAAACAAUGUUGUGAUAGUCUUUUCCCUGUUGGAAAGCUACAUGAAGGUUCCUUCCUACAUGUAUACUUAGGAAUUUCAGAGGACGCCUCUCAUAACCUGCAUGUUUACAGACUAUGACUCACUAUUCAGCAGGUCUUUGAUAGUGCACAAACUAUGUGAAUUCCAUGCAUCCAAAAGGUGAAGGUUUUUCUUAGCCUUAGGGUUACUCUCGGUUGUGUGAAUCUACUGUGGGGUACUCUUAGGGCAGUGGAUCCUGCAACAGGCAGAGCCAGAUAUGCUUUCCUCCUGGCAGCAGAAGUUUGCAACCACCCAAUCUACUUUGCUAACAGUGAAGGCGGCAAAGAGGAAGGGAACAGACUAGAGUUUCUGAUCAAGCAGCUCUUCCUUCUUCUCUGAAUGGCUGGCUGGCUGUAGGAGGGGAUCAGAGAUGCCCACUUCUGGUUCUCCUACUGCCAGUGUUAGAUUAGUGCCCCAGUGCUCAGAUCCUUACACUCACAGUAAACGUAAAAAAAAGGGUGCAAGGUUUCUGCAUAGUAACUUCCGAGCUCAGGUAGCUAGGGUAAACACAGAAGAAUAUGAGAGUUUAAAAUGUUUGAAGAACCAUGUGUUUUGGCAUUGGGGUGUGUGCCUAAAAUUCAGUACUGCUACAAUGGUAUGAGACAAGAAUCUCACCAUUUUCAUGUAAAAUCAGGUAUUGCCUGUGAAGACUUCAUGGCUAUAGAGAAAACAACAGCUCUCCUGUUUGCGAAAGACUUAACUGCCCCAUCCUAUGCAAAAUCCCAUAGAACUAAGUGCAAGGCAGUUCAGAGUGGAGAUAUUUGAGAUUAUGAGGUGUCACUAUAGAUCUCUGGUUUUCUAGAGUAAAAAUACAGAGGUUGCCAGUACACAGUCCCUCUAUGUCCUGUCUCUGCUCCCCCUCUAAAAAUACAGUUUCUGUGCCCAAACCUUGAUUUUAUUAAAAUACGUCACAUAAUAAUUAUUUCCCUGCAUCCACUCCUGCCCACCUCAUUCUAAAGCAAAAAUACUGCAACCAGUAUUUUGCAGGUGUAUCUGAUAGGCACCCCUUUACCCAGAUGGAGAAGUGGGGUGUUUAUAUAUGUUUUGCAGUGUGGGGUCUCUGGAAGGAGUGUGGAGUGCAGGUUCCCAUGUGAAGGAGUUUACUGGAUGGAUUGAGAUCAUUCUAGAUUAGAAAAGGAGGCAGGGGCAGGUUGCUAGAGGAGAGGUAUUGUUUGCAUGGGAGGUGGGCAGGCAACUUGAGAUGCUCUUUCAUGUUUGUCUUGGCAUUCCAGAAUCCCAGAGGUCACAUGGUGGGCUCCAGUUGGUUUUACAGAUCCGUAGAUUCUAGAACUCUAGCGUAUCCAAGCAACAUGCACGACCCUCCCUGCCCACCCCUGCGUAGCCCACUUCUCAAUUUCACUCAUGCCUCCAUCUUCUCCAGGCUGUGAUCGAAUUCUUUGCCUGCUAGAAGCCCUUCUCCACUAGCAGCUCCUGUGUCUCGGGGUGGUGGGGAGCCCACCCGUUUGGGCCAGCCAUGGAUCCGGCGUUCCCCAAUCCAUCCCAGGACCCAAGCCAAGAGGACGGCAUGGCCUCGGAUGACUUUGAUAUCGUGAUAGAGGCCAUGUUGGAGGCCCCAUACAAGAAAGAGGAGGUAAGGAGUGAGUUCUUGAAAGCAGCAGCAGCAGCAUGCCCAGCCUGUGAAAAAAAGAGGUUCUUAGCCAUGCUACCAAGAUUGCAGUGUAGUGCCUAAUGCAGUUCCUUGUGUAGCUCCCUUCCCUGAGGGCCUCAACUUUGUUUUUUGUUUUUUUUAAAGCAUCAUUUCUAACCUACGUAGCUGCAUUUUAUUAUUUCCAUUGUUAAUGUGAGGCCACCAAAGAAAUUGGUUAUUUGCCUGCAUAUAGGUGCAGGGGCAGCUCCCACUAAAGAUGUGAAAUCAUGAUAAUUCAGAAACAAGCUUCUUGGUUCAGGAGUUGCCAGUUGCUUGCCACAAUUCGGUCACCAUGCUGCCUAGAGUUUAGAAAAUAAAAUAAAAACGUUCCUUUUCUUUCAUAAGCCUUAGACCACUUGUCCUCUCCAUCCCUGCCAAAGAUCACCCAAACUUUGCAGCAGAAUAACCCAUUCCAAAGAAAGCUAUGUGCAUUUGUGUGACAUGCUGUUUUUCCCCUGGCCUUUAUUUAUUUAAGGUAGUUCUGGAAUGCACUUAUUUAGAAGCAGCUCCCAUUAGAAAUCAUUGGGUGCGAAUCUGGCCACAAUUUUGGGCCGUGGUGACAUUUAUCUCUCCCUAAGCAUUGGUUGCAUGCAGUACUUUGCCCCACUUGCUGUUGUGACCAAAACAGCAGCACCCCAUGCAGAGCCUUGGCUCAUGCAGUUAUGAGCUCAAAAACAACAAAUUCUGUAUUAAUUAAAUCGAGGAAUUUUGUUGUUGUUGAUUCCGACUGCAGGUUCCCGCGUCCCGGGAAACUGAAUACUUGCCAGGCCCAGCCAGGACCCUCAAAGUCACCAGCUGAUCCCCCCACAGCACAGCCACCUCAGGAGGAGCAAGCAAAGGACGCAAAGAAAGAAAGCGCCCCCAGCAGCAGUGGGGAAAGCAGCAGCAAAAAGAAGAGGAGCAAGAGUCGUAGCAGGAGCCGUGACCACAGACAUAGCCGUAGUCGGGACCGAGACCGCCACCGCAGGCGCAGCCGCAGCAGAGAUCGCAGAAGCCGCCACCGGAGCAGAAGCCGCCACCGGAGCCGCAGCCGGGACCGCAGGCGGGGCAGUCGGUCUCGCAGCAGAGAGCGCCGGCGGGACGAGAGAGUGCGCUACCGGAGCCCCCCACCCCCUGGGCGUCGGUUUGGGCACAGCAAGAGUCCCUUGUACAGAGAGAAAAGCCCCCUUCGGGAGCCCUUGGGCAGCUUGAGCCCAGAGGAGCGUGAUGCCCGCACUGUCUUCUGCAUGCAGCUGGCUGCCCGCAUUCGCCCACGUGACCUUGAGGACUUUUUCUCCGCUGUCGGCAAGGUGCGUGAUGUGCGGAUCAUCUCCGACCGAAACUCCCGCCGCUCCAAGGGCAUCGCCUACGUGGAGUUCUGUGAGAUCCAGUCGGUACCGUUGGCCAUUGGGCUGACAGGGCAGCGCCUCCUCGGGGUGCCCAUCAUUGUCCAGGCCUCCCAGGCAGAGAAGAACCGGCUGGCAGCCAUGGCUAACAACCUUCAGAAAGGCAGUGGGGGGCCCAUGCGGCUCUAUGUUGGCUCCCUUCACUGCAACAUCACCAAAGAGAUGCUGCGUGGGAUCUUUGAGCCCUUUGGCAAGAUUGACAGCAUUGUGCUGAUGCGUGACCAGGAUACCGGGCAGUCCAAGGGCUAUGGCUUCAUCACGUUUGCAGAGGCUGAGUGUGCCCGGCGUGCCCUGGAGCAGCUGAAUGGUUUCGAGCUGGCCGGCCGACCCAUGCGGGUGGGGCAGGUCACUGAGCGGCUGGACGGCACCACCGACAUCACCUUCCCAGAUGGUGAUGAGACCGAGCGGUCGGCCCUUAAUCUCAGCACCACUGGCUCCCAGCUCCAGCUCAUGGCCAAACUGGCAGAAGCAGGUUCCGGGAUCCCAUUGUCAACUACAGCUGCAGCUCAGGCGGCCCUGCAGCUCAAUGGAGCGAUACCCCUGGGAGCACUGAACCCAGCUGCCCUGACAGCUCUCAGUCCAGCACUGAACCUGGCUUCACAGACGUUGGCUUCCCAGUGCUUCCAGCUUUCGGGCCUCUUCACUCCCCAGACAAUGUAACUCAACCCAGUUCCCCCCCUGCCCUCCCUCUCCCACGGAGCCAGGAGGGGAAUGAUCAUCUCCACAUCAUCACCACAUCACCGCCCUCAUUGAAUGAAAGGCAGAGCGGGAUGGACUCUGAAGGAACACCCCCUCCUCCUCGGGGCCCCUUCUCAAUGCGAACUGAUUUUACUCCGAUUCCCUUCUCACCAGGAGCCUGGGGGUGGGAGGGGGUUGGUGUUCUUUCCCUUGAUUCUGGAAUCAUAAUCAAAUGGGGGGGGGUUGCAUUAAAUCCCCUGCAUGGGACCCUCAGGAGGACCAGGGACCCGUUUUCCCCACAGACGUGGGCUCUCAGCAUCUCUUCUUUUUUGCCGCCUCCUGGCAGAGGCCCUGCAGGGCUUGCAGUGCCAGGGUGUACAUUUGCCAUUCCUCUUCCCCACCCUCCAGUGGUGUGUCGUGGGUAUUUGCUGGACAGCUUCACGAAUUGAGCUCAUUGCAGAUGGGUGUGCGUGGUUGUCUUGUACAUAGCAGAGAGGGAGGAAAUGGGGAGAGUUGAGAACCAGCAUUUGGGUGGGAGGCCUGGCCCUGAGGGGAUACCCCCCUCCUUCCCAAGCAGUGUUUUGUAAUCCCCUUUCGAUCUCUCUGAGGUUGCCUAUAGUGUGGGGAUGUCGUCCCGUUCCUCCCUUUCCUUUCCCUCACCCCUCCUUUUUCUUGGGUCUGUAUCCUCUUCUUGAUGUUCCCGUUUUCUGCUGCACCUUCCCUUCAACAAGUCCCUUGGAUCACAUCUUUCCCCUUCCCCCUCCACCCCCAGAUUUGAAGGUGUAUUUUGGUUUUCUUUUUAUCUGUCUCUUUAAUUUUUUUCUCUUUUUUUCUCUUUUUUGCUUAUAAAUGAAUAAUAAAAAGUCACCAAAUGUA